CUGAUGGACACGUAUAUAAUGACGAGCAGGGAGCUGAGCCUCAACACCGCCGCCUGUCGUCUGCUGCAGAACAUCAUGCCCGGUCUGGAGACCGCCGUCGUCUUCCAGGAGAAGGAGGGUCUGGUCGAGAAGUUGUUCUCCUGGGCUCGUGAAGCAGAGCGGCCGCUCUGCGUCUUCGCCGCCGGCCUGCUGGCCAGAGCCAUGAGCAACCAGGAAGUGGCGGCCAGCUACAGAGAGGAGAACGCUCUGCUGGUUCCCAUCAUGAUUCAGCGCCUGCACGAGCUGCAAACCGCAGAGGCCAAGAGUCACUUCAGUCCCGCCAAGACGCCCCAGAAUCUACCUCAGGACUCUCAGGUCGAAGCCGCCCAAACCUCAAGCUCUUCUGCAGACCGGCAGGACAGGACGGAGGGGGAGGACAUGGGGGAGGAGGGAGAGAGUAAAGAGAGAGACGGAGAGAGCAGCAGGCCGCCGUCCAAAUCCAAACCUUUGUCGCUGCUCUGCUCGGCCCAGAAAAACGGCGCCUCCAGCAGCAGCAGCUCCACACGCCUGCUCCCAGACUUCGUCUACCAGGCGAGGCCGGACUCUGCCUCCAGGGAGGCGGAGGACAGGCAGGGAGGAAGAGGAGGAGGGAGGAGACGGGCGGUGAAGGAGAACGGGAGGAAGGCAAAGCAGAAACUCAACUUCACCUCCUCCUCCUGCCGGACCGAGGCGGAGGAGGCGGAGAGAAACGACUCCGGCGAGCAGCCGGCCAGCAGCGCCUCCUGGUCGGAGGUGAGCUCCAUGGUGAUCGGCUCCGACUACAGCCUGUCGCCGCUGAGCGCGGCCAUGGAGCAGAGGCUCAUCCUGCAGUAUCUGACGCCGCUCGGAGAUUACCAGGAGCUGCUCGCCGUCUUCAUGCAGCUCGACACUCGAUCGCUGCUGAUGAGCUACAUCGACCUCAGGCAGACCAAAAAUGUCCAGCUCACCUUUGAUGCCCUCCUGUAUCUCGCCUCGCUGCUCCUCCAUAAGAAGUUUGCGGCGGAGUUCAUCGCUCACGGAGGAGUGCAGAAGCUGCUGGAGAUCCCGAGGCCUUCGAUGGCGGCAACUGGAGUUUCUCUCUGCUUGUACUACCUGGCGUACAAUCAGGACGCUAUGGAGAGG